UGAUCGAAUCCCACGACUUGUGAAACUAGGCUUCAUUGCCAAAUUGUCUACAGUUUUUGCACUCAAUUCGUUUCAGAGUUGCGAUCUGAAUGGAGUCAGAGCCUACUCAACGCUGGAUCAAAGUGGUGUCUGCACCCUUGGAACUGCUCUCGUUGAUUAUCGUGGCUACCGGGUCACCGCCCAGACGAUCAUUCCAGGCAAGUUAUCUGUACUUUCUGCAGGAAUUCUUGAGAAGGAGCAGGACCAGCUCAUCGUUUAUGGAUCAAACGAUUUUGGCAAAUCAGUGGUCGCUGACAAGAGAUAUGCUGAAAUUCUUGGUAAAUCUGCCAAAGCAUUGAGGAUCCGUCCGCAUAAGGUUUUGGACAAAUCAGGAAGCGUUGUUAACCUGCUAUCCUCAGUGGAUUGCAAGGGGAUCGUGGGCAAUGACAACCGAACCUAUCUGCUCGACCUUCUAAACACCUUUCCGCCCGAUGUUAACUAUCUCGGUGGUGCUCCCGCGCCCGUUAGACCUGUACUCAGCGAGACUAUGAGAAAGCUCGGUUAUCCUUAUGUCCACCGCCACCUUCUCCCAUCCGUUAGACAGGAACUGGUAGAUUUCUUCUGCAACUUGCGCCAGGAGGAAUUUGUGAGAAAAGCGGCUGAGGAAUUUCAUAAGAUUCGCACCACAUCUACGGACGCAGAGAAGGAACUUGUGAAGUCAGAUGAGAGGGAAGAUAAGGGCCCCAACAUUGAUGUGAACGGUGUUCUCUUACUCGACUCGGACUCGUCCGGCAAAUCGAUUCAACAAUUUAUGAUCCAAGAAAAGAAUUUUGCCAAUUCUCAACACUCUGGCGCCGUCGGCACCACUCUAGUUUCGAAAAUUAGGAAGGCCAUGACCGAGGGCACAGAUGAUCUGGAUUUGAAAGAAGCCAUGAAAAGGGCGGCACAAUCCAUUAAAACAUUCAAGCAUGGAUCGUUUGAGAUUCUUUUCAACUCAGAUGCCUUCAAGUCUACUGUUACUUUUGCAAAGGAGGAGGAGGAAAAUCUCAAGAGGGAUAGGGAACUUAUCCAAGAGAUCUGUGAGUUCCUCGUUCUAGAACAGAUUCCUGCAGUCAUAGACGACUGUGUCAAUUUCGCGCUCAUUCCACAGGACGGACGAGCUUUGGUUGAAAUCCUCCACCAGAGGUGA